AUGGGGUACGAUUGCAGCAACUCCAUGGGGUACAAAAAAGAACCCAUUUCUACCAAGAAACCGAACCCACGUCUGCCAUACAAAAUGCCAGUCAUGCUCCCCGCGGCGUGCCAUGACAAUCCGUUCGUAGCGAACAUGACGCUAGGACCUCUCGCCAUCGAUUACGUGCACAUCCACUACUGCUAUCUGUCCGGUCUGCCGUUUCUUUCGUUCGUUCUAUUGAUCGUGUGGCUCGCCGCGCUCUUCUACUUCCUUGGCAGUACAGCAGAUGGCUACUUUUCGCCCACCUUAGCAAGUCUCAGUGACCGUCUCGGGCUUCCUCACGAUGUCGCGGGUGUCACGUUUCUGGCCUUUGGCAAUGGCGCUCCUGACGUGUUCUCAGCUAUUGCAGCGUACAGCUCGGGGGUGCGGGAGACAGGGGUCAACGAGCUACUGGGAGGAGCGAUGUUUAUCUCUACGGUCGUCGUAGGCGGCGUGGCUCUGACUAGUGCUGUGGAAGUGCAGCGCGGCGCGUUUCUACGGGACGUGGGGGCGCUCGUCGCUUCGCUCUUGUUGUUCCUGCUGCUUGCUGUUUGUCGCAACCGAGACGAUAUGUGGAGUACCGCAGUGUCUGCGGUCACGCUGCUGGCGUUGUACGGGAUUUACGUCGGCAGUGUCGUCAUUUCAGCCUUUGUGGCGAGGUACAACGCAGCUCGAGACACUGGUGGUAGUGCCAAGAUGGCAGGCGGAUCAAGCUUGAUGAUUGCAGCGUUUUGGCACGCUUUGUCGCCGAGAGGGAACGAUGCGAAAGGAGUGAAGAGGUUUGGGCAGCGAGGGCAUAAUGAUGCUUUCGUCAUGGGAUCUGAAGGUGACAUAGAUGUCGAGAAUACAGCGGAUGGAGAUGGAGAGGGCAGGCAACAGGAGUUGAAGAAGUUGGGAGUGUCUCCGAUUCGUGAAGUAGCAGGUCCCAGGUUCUCAAGUCGAGUGUAUAAUGAUCACUUUGACGUUGAGGAGAACGACGCGUUGUCGUCUCCGCUAAUUGCCGAAAGCGAGCGCGAUACCGACAAUGACAGUAAGCAGGUGCUGCCAAAGUGGCAGCAGCACAUGCGCUUGAGGUGGCGUCUGAAGCGUCGCGUCAUUCGGAUAUUUAUGAGUAAUGAGCCGCUCGUGAUAAAAGUGCUGUGCAUUCCACAGGCGGCGCUUGUUCUCUUGCGAGAUGUCACCAUCCCUCUUUUUGAUAACGAGUCAUGGUCGUGUUCGAAGGCGUGCCUAUCGCCUAUAACUGUACCACUAUUAGUCGCAGCAACAAGCGGAUACACCAACAUUGACAUCUCUGGCGGUAGAUUCUCGUACCGUGUACCGCUCUGGCAAGUUCUCGUGAUUGUGGGUAGCUUCGUAAGCGGCAUCGUUGCGCUCUACACGCACCGGUCGCAUGCACCUCGUUCGUUCAAAUUGUCGAGCUUACUACUUUCCCUGGCAUUUGUGGCUUGUGUAUGCUGGAUUUAUGCUGUGGCGAAUGAAUUAAUGGCGUUGCUGGCUGCAGUGGGCUAUAUUACGCAUAUUAGCAACAGCUUGUUGGGGCUGACAGUGCUUGCGUGGGGAAAUUCUGUAGGCGAUCUCAUCACGGACGUAUCAGUGGCUCGCGCUGGUUUUUCGCAAAUGGCUAUCGCUGGAUGUUUCGCUGGUCCAGUUUUCAACAUACUGCUUGGUUUGGGACUUCCCAUGGUACUUGCAUUCGUGUCCGGGCGCAGUGAGAUUUUGUCACUGGACGCCCACGCUCGGAUAUCAUUGGUCUUCCUUUUCGUUUCGCUUACUUCAACACUGGUGGUCUUUGGCCACUACAAGUACCACUGUCCAGCAUGGUACGGCAAGCUUCUCAUCGCUUACUACUGCGUCUAUUCGCUUAUAAACCUGGUUGUGGCAGUUCGAGUGGGGCCAAUGUGA